AAUAUGGAGCGUCGCAAAUCAGUUGUCGUCGCUGUCGCCCUACAGCUUCUAGCUAGCACAAGUUGAACUUAGCUAGCUACUACUACAUGCAUGAUGUCGCUGAACACGAAUAGGAGUAUCAGUACGCUCGCUGCAUAGUUUUUUCCCCUUUCUAGAAACAUCCUUUCAAAGCUGAUACAACUUUUCGACUGUGCUGCAGUAGCAUUUAUUUUCUAAAUUCAUAACCGACUGUUAGCUACCAAGCUAAUGUAGCAACAUAACGUUUAGCACUGCUUAGCUAAGCUAGCUAAUCGGCCUGUGGAUAAACUGUUUACACUGACAGUCAACAUGGCAGAGUCAUUAUCAGGGGUUAAUGUUGUUCUGGUUAUGGCCUAUGGAAGCUUGGUGUUUGUGCUGCUGUUUAUCUUCGUCAAAAGGCAAAUCAUGCGAUUUGCAAUGAGAUCCCGCAGAGGACCCCAUGCACCUAUUGGCCACAAUGCACCUAAGGCUCUGAGGGAAGAGAUUGACUCCAGACUGUCCAAGGUCCAGGAGAUCCGCUUUGAACCUCGUCUCCUAUCAGAAGAAGACGAUAGGCUGAAGCAAGGAUCACAGAUCAGUUGCUACAACUACCUGUACAGAAUGAAAGCUCUGGAUGCCAUCCGCGACUCAGGAAUUCCUCUGCAGGAGAUAAGCCGCUGUCCCAGUGCGUUUACUGGACGCAGCUUCAGGAACUGGCUGCUGGAGUUGCGCAACUCCCACUCUCUGAUCAAGAGCAGCCGCAGCGCACUUAUUGACCGUUUGCUUGAAGGCUACGACAGCGCUCGCCAUGGGACUGGGGUGUUCGGGGAAGCAGAGUUUCUUGAAUACCAGCAAGCUCUAAACGAACUGGCUGAUGUGGUGAAAGCCUAUUCCAGCACCACCAGCCUGGACCAGCAUCACCAGUCUGCAGCCAAGGACCUGACAGGCUCUCCUGUCCGGAGCACUCCCUCCACCAUCCAGGUCACCUACCUGCCCUCCACCGGCCAGCGCAGCAAGAGGCCCAAACACUUUCUGGAGCUCAAAAGUUUCAAAGACAACUACAACACACUGGAGAGCACCCUGUGAGAGACCGCUGUUAACUUACAGACUGUAAAAAGGUGUGUGUGUGUGUAUAUUACGGUCAAGCCCUUAUGUGCACAUGUUACACCCAAGGCCUUUGUUCUUAAUUUGGACCUAAUGAGUGUGUUCAGAAAACAAAUAUGAUUGUAGAAAACCUUCCAAGGUUUCCAUCGUCACUUUUGUAAAAACAGCAAAGUUAAUGGCAAGUCACCUGGAUUUAUUUUUAUCUUUCUCAAAGUCCAAAUGUAAAUAUGAGUGUACCUUUUGAUUUACUGUGUUUGUACAGAUGUACGAUAUUUAUACGGUCAUUGAUAACUUGUUGUAAUUGAUAUUGAGUGAUAUGUAUUUAUGUGAGGUUGUACAUGUUUGUGGUUUGAGAUAAAAGCCUUACAACCCA